CAAUAUCAUCUUGGUGUUUUUUGUGCCGCCGCCAUUUCACCAGACGAAAGACUCGAAGCAGCGUGCGAGCUCUUUUAGCGCUGGUGGCGACGAAACACGACUGAGCAGCGACCCUCGUUGAUUUUACGACUUUAAACGCGUUUUUAUCUGUUUCUAGACCUAGUCUGCGUGGUUUAGAACAGUGUAAUCUGAAAACGGAGGAGGACCGCGAACAUCUGAAGGCAAAAUGUCGUCUGAGGUUAAACCAGAGAAACAAGAACAAGGAAAUAAUGUGAAUGGCAAGUCCAACCAUGAGUCUAGAAAGGAGAGGCCCCAGAAGCGCGGUGGUGGGGGCCGGUUUGAACCUUACGGGAAGCCCAACAAGAGAUACCGGGUGUUUGUCAGCAACAUUCCCUAUGAUGUUAAAUGGCAAACUCUAAAAGAUCUCAUGAAGGAAAUAGUGGGUGAGGUAACGUACGUGGAACACUUAAUGGACGGAGAAGGCAAAUCAAGGGGUUGUGCGGUGGUGGAGUUCAGAACUGAAGAGCUCAUGAAAAAGGCUGUAGAGAAAGUCAACAAACAUGUCAUGAACGGUCGUCCUCUCAAGGUCAAAGAGGAUCCAGAUGGAGUGAUUGCCCAGCGUGAAGCUAAUCGGGCUCACGGAGGUGGAGGUGGUGGUGGUGGCGGACCCCCAGGCAUGGGUGGAGGCAUGGGUGGAGGCAUGGGAGGAGGCAUGGGUGGAGGCAUGGGGAUGGGCCCAGGACCAGGUGGUCCUUCCAUGGUCAACAUCCCUCCCAGUCUCAUGAACAACCCCAACAUCCCCAAUGAGGUCAUCCACGGACUCCAGGCUGGAAAAAUCGGAAGCUCCAUUUUUGUGGCCAAUCUGGACUACAAGGUUGGGUGGAAGAAGCUAAAGGAGGUGUUUGGAAUGGCUGGAGUGGUUGUGCGUGCAGAUAUCCUGGAGGAUAAAGACGGGAAGAGUAGGGGAAUGGGAACUGUCACAUUUGAAAUGCCCAUUGAGGCUGUUCAAGCAGUCUCAAUGUUCAACGGACAGCUCCUCUUCAACAGGGUCAUGCAUGUCAAACUGGAUGAGAAAUCCCUUCCCAAAGGUGACUUCGCACCACCAGAACGUCCUCCUGCACUUCCUCGUGGUCUGAGUGGUAUCGGUCUCGGUCUGGGACCUGGCGGUCAACCCAUCGAUGCUACCCAGCUCAACCGGGGUGGGAUGGGCAAUAUGGGACCAGGAGGAAUGGAUGGAAUGGGAUUUGGUGGCAUGGGUAGAAUGGGAGGGAUGGAUAAUUUUGGAGGUGGAAUGAACAACAUGGAUCGUUUCGGCCCCUCUGGAAUGGGAAGAAUGAAUGAUAUGGAUCGUGGAAUCGGCGGUGGUUUUGACAGAGAUUUCAGUGGCCGUAAUGACAUGGGCAUGUCUCGUAGCAACUUUGGAGACACAUUUGACAGAGGAAUGGGGAACUCCAUGGGAAUGGAUCGCAUGAAUGCUGGCAUGGACCGGCUUGGUGGCGGCAUGGACCGCAUGGGAGGACUGGACCGAAUGGGAAUGGAUCGCAUGGACCGCAUGUCUGAUCUAGACCGAUUGGGAACUGGCUUCGACCGAAUGGGUUCAGGGAUUGACCGACUGGGUCCCAGUAUGGAUCGGCUGGGAACAGGCCUUGACCGCAUGAGCUCCAGCGUGGACCGCAUGGGCCCUGGUGGGUUCGACCGCCUGGGGCCGUCCGGUAUGGAUCGCAUGAGCGGCGGGAUGGACUUUGCCUCUCCUAUGGGCAUGGACAGGAUGAACACAGGCAUCGACCGAAUGGGUUCAAACUUCGACCGCAUGGGCUCCGGUGGCAUGGACCGCUUCCCUUCCUCUGGUCUGGACCGCAUGGGUUCCGGCAUGGAUCGGAUGGGCUCUGGUGGCGUUGGUGGGCAGUUUGACAGACCUGCUGAUAUGGAUCGUGGCAAUUUCGGGACUCCUUUCAGUGGGUCUGGACAAGGAGGGCCAGGGACUGGUGGAGCCAAUGCCAGGAAGGGCUGCCAGAUUUUUGUCAGAAAUCUGCCCUUUGACUUCACUUGGAAGAUGUUGAAGGACACUUUCAAUUCAUGUGGCAUUGUGCAGUAUGCAGACAUAAAGAUGGAGAACGGCAAGUCUAAGGGCUGUGGUGUGGUGCGCUUUGAUAAUCCUGAGACCGCCGAGCGAGCCUGCCGCACCAUGAAUGGCUACCGGCUCAGCGGGCGAGAGAUUGACGUCAGGAUCGACAGAAAUGCAUAAUCGUUAUCUUUGCCUACUGAUUCCUUCCACCCCCUCACUAAGCUUUCCAAAUUAGUUGUCGGUUACAUAUUUGUAUUUGUGCCGAAUGGUACACUUUUAGUUUUGCCUAUGACUUUUAGAGACCAAAUGUUUUUUGUUUUUUCUCCCCAAUUUUUAUUGUGACGCUUUCCAAGAAAUUGCCUUUGUUAAAGGUUUGCUAAUAAAUCUCAACACUGAGAACUUGA